AUGUCGUGGCGACGGCUGAAGAACACGACACGCAAUGUGUUGUCGCGUGAAUACAACGAUCUCUUGUGUCGCAAAUACUCGACCGAUCUGUUGAGGAGUCGCUUCGAGUCGGCCCAAGACCUCUACCAUAAGGAUCUGUUCUCGCACUACGGCUGCGUCAACGCCAUCGAGUUCUCGGACAACGGCCAGUAUCUCGUGUCCGGUAUGUCUUCGUCCAUCACAUCCCUAGCAUUGCUAUCGCAGUCACACUAUAUGUAUGUUUUGUUUGCGUCUCUCUUUCAUGUGCUCCUCAAAGGUGGUGACGACAGACGGAUACUCUUAUGGGAUGUCCAGAAGGCUAUAUCAGGAGCGGGUGAGCCGCAGAUCAUGAAAGGCGAACACAACUCGAAUAUCUUUUGUCUCGGAUUUGACUCUCAAUGCCAUCGACUCUUCAGCGCCGGAAACGAUGAACUGGUGAUGAUUCACGACUCGGUGACGGGUGAGACCGUCGAUGUUAUCCUUCACAACGACGCCAUUUACGGCCUUUCGGUCAACCCUUUCGACGACAAUGUGUUCGCCAGCGCUUGCGAUGACGGAAGAGUAUGUCUAUGGGAUCUGCGCAAAGAGACUGUCCGCGAGACCACUGUAUUGGCCCGAUAUUCGUCGGCUUUUCACGCCGUUAUGUAUAACCCGUUUGAGAGCCGACUGUUGGCGACGGCCAACACUAAAGAGGGGAUCGCCGUCUGGGAUGUCCGCAAACCGCUGUGUGUUUUACAGCAAUACAACUCGUCGUUACUGUCCUCGCAGUCAGCGAUGAGCGUCCGGUUUAAUAAAACCGGGACUUUAAUACUAGCCCUCAGACGCCGUUUGCCGCCCGUCCUCUACAACCUUCGGUCCUCGUAUCCGAUCGUAGAGUUCGAUGACUCGGGUUAUUACAACUCGUGCACAAUGAAGAGCUGCUGCUUCGGCGGCGAUUCCGACCAAUACGUGCUCUCGGGUUCGGACGACUUUAAGCUCUAUAUGUGGCAAAUUCCCGAACAGGUCUAUCAAAACGGAGAAUCAAAUUCUCCGGAUUCUGUUUGGGUGGAGAGCGCGGACCUAAUCCUCAAUGGACACAGAUCAAUCGUAAAUCAAGUGCGAUAUAACUAUACCAAUGCUGUGAUCGCAUCUUCUGGUGUGGAGAAAGUAAUCAAACUGUGGAGUAGUUUCCCAUUGCCUGAGGGCUCGGGUAGUCUCCAGACGAAGCCUACUUACAAAGAGCACCGACAGGUGUUCAGCCACGAGGACUACAUUAAUCUGGUGUUAGAGAGCGGACAGUUCGUCACACAUGACUAUAGCCACCAAUCGGUUCAAGAAGACCCCCGAAUGAUGGCCUUCUUUGACUCUCUGGUCCAGAGAGACAUCGAGGGCUGGACUUCGGACUCGAGUAAUAGCAUUGACGGUGAGACCAAUUUCUAUGAGCUCUGUUGGAAUACAGUUCACGACUCGGACGACGAUCGGAGCUCUAAUUCCAGUUCUCACAACUCUGAUAACGACGACUCGAUCGACGACUUAAACAGUCAUUACUUUAAAUACUUGGAUAUCAUAUCGAAAAGGAUUGAUUCCAAUGAACAAAAACCAAACAAACGGAGCUGUGAAUCAUCGGACGGCCAGACGGCGACCACAUCGACAGCAGAGUCGGUCACAACACCUGCCAAAGCGAUUAGGGAUCGGCUGUUGAAUGAUAGCGACGACAAUACGACUGACAAAACAAGUUUGAAUCGCAUAUCAGAACUGAUAAGUGAGAAAAAGAGGGAACAGUUGAAGAAAUUGAUUAGAGUUGCCGUUCGGAUGACUAGGAAGAAGUUGAAACGCUAUCAGAAGCGAUGCAACACUAAAAGCAAAUACGAUAUGACCAAGAAUUGCAACUCAGAAGCGCAGAAGCAGAGACUCGAAGACGUGAAACACAAAUUGGAUUAUUUGGCCCAAAAAGUCAAUUGUCAAACCACUCCCACCGACGGCCCGAAGACCGACAAUCACCGUAAUUACCGAAGACUUCGUUUCUUAGCGAAUCAAAGCGAUCUAGUAUUCAAUGAAGUGCUUCCCGUGGGCUCAUCGUCUUCGAGCUCAGACUCGGAUGACUCCAACUUUGUCUCCGGGGAAGAGCUCUAUAACGCCAUCUCCGAAAUGAGUCGAAUGAGGACUGUUAUGGGCGCCGACACCGACUCCAGUGAUAGCAGUAGUAGUAGUAGUGGUGAUAGUGUCGUACAGAUGAACGGCACCAACACAUUGGCG